GGUAGGGCGAAUGUAAGCAUUUCUUCAAGUGCCCACAGCUACUACAUCAUUUCAUGGUUUGAGUAUGUUCACAUGCAAGGAAAGGCUGUAGAAGAUAUUAAGUCUGUUGCAUUGUGCUAAUUUUCGCUGUGCUUUGAUUAUUCGUGUCGUUAGUAUUCGCCUAAUCAUGUGUAAAUACCAGUUUGUUGUAGUGUGUGGCCUUUAAUUGGAGUUCUGUAUAAGAAUACUGUAACAUUAUUUAGGAACUGGCGAAAUACGAGGCACAAAUUAACUGUAAUUUCUCUAACAAAAAGCAUUACAUGUCAUGAGAACUCAAUAGAUCAUUCGUCAUAGUUACAGUUAGUAGAAAGAUGUUUCUGGAAAUCAGUGUUGUAAGAAAAAGCUCACCAAUGUUUAAUCUUUAUGGUAAUCAAGAGUAAGAACUUCCACAUUGCAGUGUGCAAUCUACAGUACAGAUUGUAGAACUGAAGCCAUGUUCCAGGAACCAACUAUAUGGAUAAAAAAAGAGGAAACGGAUGAAGUACAAACUGAGUUAUGCUCUAUGUUUCUUGAAGACCCAUUAAAGACUGACAGCCCUAGUGUUUGGGUAAAGCAAGAUCCUGAACUGAAACAAGAUGCUGAUGGAUCUGAGCAUAAUCCUGUUAAAGACCCACUGGGAAUAUCUUGGUCCACUGAUUUUAUCAAGAAGGAUCCUGAAUUAAAUUUGGAAAUGAAUGUAACAGAGAAUAUUGUGGAAACCUCAACAAGAUACACAUCUGCUACAGCAAGAUUGACUCAGAGUGCUGGUGGGAGGUGUGAAGUAUCAUGUGAAGAAACAUGUCACCAUACACAGGAUGAGUUUGUGAUAGACAUGGAGAAGUCAACACACGAGUUUCGUACCUAUACAGAAGAUGUGACUGUUGAUAAGGAAUGCUCAGUUGCCACCAGAUAUGACUGUAGUACGAGGGAAAGGGAAUUUCAUGUAUAUAGCUGUAAUUCCUGCCAACAGAGCUUUCCUUCAAAAUACAGACUCAUAAUGCAUGUGUUUAUGCACAUGGAUGGCACACAACCACCUUUGUAUGUUUGUAAGUGGUGUGGUGAGGUAUUUCACAGUAAUGUUAGUUUGAAAAAACAUUUAAGAAUGAGUGAGAAUUAUCAUGUCUUAAUUGCUGGCAACCAUGAAAAAUAUGGCUAUAUUGAUGAGCAUCAAAGCAGUAUCUUCUUGGAUUGUUUGCCAGACAUUUCUGCUACACAACACAAUGAGCAGUCUUCAUGUAAGGAAACUUGGAAAGCUUCAAAGAAGUCCUCUAAUGACAUGUUUAACACACACAUGACAAAUGAUGCAGAGAAAACAGUUGAUUAUGGAAAUUUAUCGACAGCUGUUAAUUUCAGUGCCCAGGCUGAUCUAAUUACUGCAAACAGAACCGACAAAUAUGGUAAUUGUGGCAACUUGUUUGGUAGGUCACAUCAUCUCAAGAGAGAGAAAGUAAUUCACAUCGGAAAGAAAUCCCACAAAUGUGAGAUUCGUGGGGAAUCGUUUGCUCAGUCAAGUCAUGUCAAUACACAAACAUUAAUUCACACUGUAAAGAAACCUCAUAAUUGUGAGAUUUGUGGAAGGUGUUUAUCUUCGUCUAACAAUCUCAAGAGACAUGAAUUAAUUCACGCUGAAAAGAAACCUCACAAAUGUGAGAUUUGCGGGAAAUCUUUUGUUAGGUCAGACGAUCUCAAGAGACAUGGAUUAAUUCACACUGGAAAGAAACCUCAAAAAUGUGAGCAGUGUGGGAAAUCUUUUGCUCGGGCAGGCAAUCUCAAGUUACACUUAUUAAUUCACACUGGACAGAAACCUCACAAAUGUGAGUUUUGUGGGAAAUCUUUUACUGUGUUAUGCUAUCUCAAGAAACACACAUUAAUUCACACUGGAAAGAAACCACACAAAUGCGACAUUUGUGGGAAAUCAUUUGCUAGAUCAGGCGAUCUCAAGAUACAUGGAUUAAUUCACACUGGAAAGAAACCUCACCAAUGUGAGAUUUGUGGGAAAUCUUUUGUUAGGUCAGGCGAUCUCAAGAUACAUGGAUUAAUUCACAGUGGAAAGAAACCUCACAAAUGUGAGAUGUGUGGGAAAUAUUUUGCUCAGGCAGGCAAUCUCAAGUUACAUUUAUUAAUUCACACUGGACAGAAACCUCACAAAUGUGAGUUUUGUGGGAGAUGUUUUACUUUGUCCCACCAGCUCAAGACACAUGAAUUAAUUCACACUGGAAAGAAACCUAACAAAUGUGAGAUUUGUGGGAAAUCUUUUGCUGGAGUAGGCGGUCUCAAAAGACACACAUUAAUUCACACUGGGGAAAAACCCCACAAAUGUGAGAUUUGUGUGAAAUCUUUUAGUAGGUUAUGCCAUCUCAAGGCACACUAUGUAAUUCACACUGGAAAUAAACCUCACAAAUGUGAGACUUGUGGGAAAUCUUUUAAUAGGGCACGCAAUCUCAAGACACAUAGGUUAAUUCACACUGGAAAGAAACCUCACAAAUGUGAGAUGUGUGGGAAAUCUUUUGCUCAGGCAGGCAAUCUUAAGUUACAUUUAUUAAUUCACACUGGACAGAAACCUCACAAAUGUGAGUUUUGUGGGAGAUGUUUUACUUUGUCCCACCAGCUCAAGACACAUGAAUUAAUUCACACUGGAAAGAAACCUAACAAAUGUGAGAUUUGUGGGAAAUCUUUUGCUGGAGUAGGCGGUCUCAAAAGACACACAUUAAUUCACACUGAGGAAAAACCCCACAAAUGUGAGAUUUGUGUGAAAUCUUUUAGUAUGUUAUGCCAUCUCAAGGCACAAAAUGUAAUUCACACUGGAAAUAAACCUCACAAAUGUGAGACUUGUGGGAAAUCUUUUAAUAGGGCACGCAAUCUCAAGACACAUGAAUUAAUUCACACUGGAAAGAAACCUCACAAAUGUGAGAUGUGUGGGAAAUCUUUUGCUCAGGCAGGCAGUCUCAAGAAACAUUUAUUAAUUCACACUGGAAAGAAACCUCACAAAUGUGAGAUGUGUGGGAAAUCUUUUACUCAGGCAGGCAGUCUCAAGACACAUGCAUUAGAACACAUUGGAAGGGGACAUCACAAAUGUGGUAUCUGUGCCAAAAGUUUCACUUUAUUGGGUACUCCCAAGACACAUGCAUUACCUCACAUAAGAAAUAAAAUACAAGUAAGUGUUUGUUUACGCAAAUAGGUUUUCCUGGUUUGUGCCCUCAAGGCCUGUAAAAUAAUGGAUGUAACAGGGGGACAAUAAAUUGUAAUGCCUGUGAAAUAACAUUAAAAUGUGUUAGAAAAAAAAGUGUGCAAUGAUACGUACUAUAGAGUGGCAACAGAUAAUGUGUCAAUAUAAAAGUCCAUAUCAGCAGAUCGAGAUGUCAAGAAAUUCUAUUAGUAAAUACUCCUGAAACAUGAAUCAAAUAUGUUUUUGUCAUUAACACUACAGCUUUUCCCAGUCAAUAUUGAGACAAAAAGAUUGUGAAUUGUGAUAAAUCCUUACCUUCUUCAGUAAUCAUAAGUACCAUGCAAUAUUCAGUAGAAGGCCAAGAAAAUGUGAUGACUUCCUGCUUGUUAUACGAAAUGUAGUACUUGUAGCUCUGCAUUUUAGAAAUAGCGAGAGCAAGAAUGUAUUUAUAGCAUUUCUUUCACUCAGGCUAGUAAACUCAUCACUGGAGAAACAUAAUUAUGGCAAUUAUUUUACUCAGGUAUGUUUUCUCAAGUCAUUUGGUAUAUAUAUUAUUAAUAGUGUGUGCAUUUAUGUUCUGUUGUUACUAAUUCUGCAUUAGUAAACUUAACAAGAAAUAUAGCAACCUGCUUACUAGCAUGUUUGUCCACAUUUGGAACACAAUACAUCGACAGUUCUACAUGAAAUGGACUUGACACAUUGUUUUCAUGUCUCUGGAUGUAUAUUGCACCAGUUGUAUUCCACACAUUCAAAUCCGCAAAAUGGUGUGGUCGAGACAUCAGUGUUAGUUACCAUGCUACUCAGGCCACUGUGGAGUCGUUCUGCACAUGACAUGGACAGUUAUCCUGCUGAAAGCUGCCUUCACUAUGGGAGAGCACAUCAGUCAUGAAAGAAUCCUUGUAGUUCCAAUAAAGAUGACAUAGUCUGCAACUGUCAUGUUGCCUUAAAUUAUUACCAGAUGUCCCAAAGCAGCCCAUAUCAUAAUGGGCCUCCCAUCUGGUGCCAUUCACCUAGUUGACUGUUAUGCACCAAAGCUCCUAAUUAUUUGUUCACCAUGUAAUACUGUGUAAGUUAUACACAAAAUGAAAUUGGAAAACAAACAUUAGGUGUUACAGAUUGAUUCCAUGUAUUUGUAUACACAAGAACAACACAUGGGAGAGCUGCGGGCAUGAGUACUAAAUGCC